AUGAGCGCAACUUGUCGCGACGGUCAAGUGUGGGCAGUCUGUCCAUCCGCAGUGCCGGAGGAGCUCGCACUGUUCAACCCGAGACUGCGCUUCCCAUCACUUGUGAGCAAUGCUUCCAUAUGGACCACAUUUAAGACAUACACUGACCCCACAAACCAACACUUAGACCGUACGCUCUCUAUCGAGAUCGAUGAAGGUCAACAUAAGAAGCAGAUCGAGGUGAAGAAAGCCAAGGAGAAGGCUGCCGUUGACCUAGCAGACCUCGAAUGGCACACACUUGCCGUCCACGAGCUGUGCCGCCGCCUCUCAGUCGAUAUUGAGCAGGGGCUUUCCGAAGAUCAGACAAAGCGUCGCCUCAGCGAACACGGCCAGAACAAAAUGACACCGCCACCCUCGGGUCUGCUUGGGAAGAUCAUAGGCUACUUUUUCGGUGGCUUCGGCAGCAUUCUCGUCGUUGCCGGUAUACUCGUGUUCGUUGCUUGGAAGCCUCUCGGUAACCCGCCAGCUGUCGCGAACUUGGCGCUUGCAUGUGUAUUGAUCGCUGUCUGGCUUCUUCAAGCCGCUUUCAAUGCAUGGCAAGACUGGUCGACAAGCAGAGUGAUGGCAUCUAUCGGAACAAUGCUACCUGAUCAGUGCAUCGUUGUGCGCAAUGGAUCACAUGUUAGCAUCUCGGCAUUGGACCUGGUGCCCGGCGAUGUCAUUGUUAUCAAGCAGGGCAACAAGCUGCCCGCCGAUGUCCGUUUUGUCGACAUCUCCAGCGAUUCCAUGUUCGACCGCGCGAUCCUUACUGGUGAAUCCGAGCCAGUCGUAGCUACUAUCGAAGCAACCGAAGACAACUAUCUUGAGACCAACAAUAUCGGCUUACAAGGAACACACUGCAUAUCAGGCGCCUGCUUGGGCGUGUGCGUUGCCACUGGUGACAAUACCAUCUUCGGUCGCAUCGCAAAACUCACUUCGGAUCCAAAAACUGGCAUGACACCACUGCAGAAGGAGAUCUUGCGAUUUGUACUCAUCAUCUCUCUGUUCAUCACGUGUGUCGUAAUUCUUAUUGUUGUACUUUGGGCGGCAUGGUUGAGGAAAUCUCAUCCCACCUGGAUCGAUGUACCUCUUCUCAUUGUCAGUUGCGUUUCGUGCGCUGUCGCAUGUAUGAGGCCUUCAAUCCGUACUCUCCUUUCAUCUGUGCUGACUUCUCUUCUUUCUUCUCUAGUCAUCCCUGAAGGCUUACCGAUCGCACUCACGACGAGCUUGACCAUAGUCGCCAACAUCAUGCGCAAGAACAAGAUUCUUUGCAAGUCACUCAAGACUGUCGAAACACUUGGCUCCGUUUCAGUGAUCUGCUCUGACAAGACUGGAACAUUGACCAAGAACAAGAUGGUGGUCACAGAUAUUUACGCAGCGGGCGAGGAGUAUACCACGGAUGCCGCGCGCGACAUGAUGGCGGUGUUCCGGUCUGAGAAGAACCUCACGGUACUCUCUAAGCCCAAACAAAGCAUCAUGGAUUAUGUCCGUGUUCUCGGUGGUCUCUGCAAUUCCGGUGAAUUCGAUGCCGCUACUUCGCAUUUGCCCAUCGCGGAGCGCAAGAUCAACGGCGAUGCGACGGACCAAGCCAUACUUCGGCUUUCCGAAACACUUGGCUCUGUGGCUGAGUUGCGCCGUGAUUGGAAAAAGGUCUUCGAGAUUGCGUUCAACAGCAAGAACAAGUUCAUGGUCCGGGUUAUGACACCUACCAACCAGACACCGACAAGCAACAACGCCACUCUCAUGGUCAAAGGAGCUCCUGACAUCCUCCUGCCUCGAUGCGACCUUCUCCUGAACGACAAGGGCGAGGAGGUAGAGCUUACUGAGGCCCAACGCCUCCGUAUCGAGACCAUCAAAGAUAGCUGGUCUCGCCAGGGCAAGCGCGUCAUACUCCUCGCUCGUAAACCGACCAUUGUGCCAUUCUCCAGCCACCCUGAGAAAGAAGUGUUGGUCGCUGCCCGAGAAGGUCUCACGUUUGUCAGCAUCGUCGGUAUCGUGGAUCCGCCCCGUGACGAGAUCCCAGAGGUAGUACGUAUUCUUCGAGGAGCUUCCAUCCGUAUCUUCAUGGUGACUGGCGACUUCAAGCUCACGGCUCAGGCGAUCGCUGAAGAGUGCGGUAUUAUUUCGAACUCUGCUUUGGUCGAUGACAUCAGCGCUCUCGGUCGAGAUGGAAAGAUUGGCACUACCAAGCAAUCAAUCGUCUUGAGUGGUCCCGAACUCAUCACCUUGAAUGUAGCGCAGUGGGAUCAACUUUGCCAGUAUCAGGAGAUUGUAUUCGCUAGGACGACGCCUGAGCAGAAGCUCCGUAUUGUCAAGGAGUUCCAAGCCCGAGAAAACAUCGUCGGUAUGACAGGCGAUGGUGUCAAUGACGCUCCGUCUCUCAAAGCUGCCGACAUUGGUAUCGCCAUGGGCAGUGGUUCGGACAUCGCGAUCGAAGCUGCUGACAUGGUUCUUCUCGACUCGUUCGCCGCCAUCGUUGAGGCUGUCCAGUACGGUCGACUCGUCUACGAUAACCUCAAGAAGACAAUAGUGUACUUGCUUCCUGCAGGUAGCUUCAGUGAGCUGUGGCCGGUCGUUACCAACGUCGCAUUUGGCAUUCCGCAGAUCUUGUCGUCUUUCCUUAUGAUCAUUAUUUGCUGUCUUACCGACUGCGCUGCUGCUAUCACUCUUGCCUACGAAAAGCCAGAGGCCGAUCUGAUGCUGCGCCCUCCGCGCAAUCCGAAGAAGGACAGACUGGUCAACGCUCGACUCAUCUUCCAUGCCUACUUCCUCGUCGGUUUGCUGCAGUGUUUCUUGGCCUUCACAAUGAGUUUCUGGUGGAUGGAGCGCCAAGGAGUUCCGUUCACGGCAAUGUGGUUGAAGUUCGGCGUCUACGACGAACAAUACGAUCCAGACUACGUGACUGAAGUCGCGAACCAGGCUUCAAGUAUCUACUUCGUCACACUGGUGAUCAUGCAACUAUUCAACUUGCUUGCUACUCGCACCCGUAGGCUUAGCAUUUUCCAGCAGCCACCAAUUUUCAAUAAAGCGACUCAAAACUGGUCGCUCUUCCCCGCCAUGGUCUUCGCCAUCGUUGUCGUCUUCAUCUUCUGCUACAUUCCAUCUCUACAAAAUACCAUCGACACAAGGACUGUGUCCGUUGAGCACUGGUUUCUUCCCGCUGCUUUUGGUAUGGGGCUGCUCAUUCUUGAUGAGACAAGAAAGUAUUGUGUGCGCACGUGGCCCAACGGUCUGCUUGCCAAGAUUGCUUGGUGA